CAAGCAGUCCGCGCAUCCAACCUGAAAUCUUCGACGGAACGUUACUCACGGAACAGGUAAACUCGCCUUGUCGGAAAUGAAGAUUCGAAGAGCUGCAGUCUCCGCCGCGAUCGAACCAAGCGCUCGGCCGCUAGUCUUAGCCUCUAACGUGCGUGUUACCUCCAACUGUACGGAAUGGAACACAGCCUCACGCAGCGUUGUUUUUCAACAUCCCGCUUCAUCAAAUGCCACUUCACAGCGGCUAGGGUCUAUGAUCCUCGCAUCGCGUGCUCUGUUAGGCGGGUUUUCACUUGUGGGCCACCUAGAGGUGAGCGGCCCGAACCCGUUGGAGACGCAAGGGUUCCCCUGUUUCUUGUCUCGCUCUGAAUGCACGGAGACAUACAUGGAACCCCAAGACGCUCCGUAUUCUCCAAGAAGCAGACAAUUCUGGCACGUUCCGACACAGAAGAAAGCCCUAGCGGCUGCUUAUCAAGAAUCAGGAAGGGGAGUUGAAACUCGACGUGGCCGUUCGCAGGAGUGUGUCCGCAGUAUGCAUGCAGCAACUGCCCGAAAGGCAACCCGUGCAAGAACCCGAGGUCCACAGGCUUAGAGAGCGCCGUUUUUAGACGCCGCCGGCAAACAGUGAAUAAGGACGAUCUGGCACAUGAAAUUCCUCUGCAUCCAGGUUUCACCGUGCUUUAUUCACCCACAAAUAUUGCGGCAAAAGCCAUGUUUCUUCCAGGACCUACGGGGGCUGUCACCGGCAUCGAACCCUCGACUCGGGCGUUGUCAAGGAGGCCCGGCGCAUCUGCGCGCCCGAGGAAAAGAACCCAACGGAGAAAAGCGAUUGAACCACAAGCAAUGCGCCAGUGACAUUUGGUACGGUUCACAUGUUCUCCGGGUGUCAGAAAGUCCAAUGACGCGUUUUUUUGAGGGGUACUUUCGGCUGCUUAGUAACUAUUUGAGGCCAUUGAGGCGCCAAAGUCGUACUCACGGAGUUGCUCAGUUACUGAACCUACUUCCUCGCUAACUCCUCCUUUGUCGUAGCGCAGAAUGUUGUCGAGAACGCACCCGUUUGACGGCGAAGGUUCCCGUGGCUGUGGAGAGAAAGUGUUGCAUGGCUCCUCGUAAAUUGGGAGCUCUACAGAUUAGGCGGCGUCCCGGCCACUUGAGUUCCAUUGCAGCGGAAGCGGUGGUCACACGCAUUUCCUCGAACUCUCUGUUUUGCUCCUUUUCACGUGAAAUGAACCGCUUCCUUGUGGAGAACACCCUGUGGCUGUCGGGGCGUCCUGUUCCCAGUUGUUACCCAGCACACUUGAAUGUUAGUGGCCGCAGGUGGAAUCACUUGCAGAAGACACGCAACAACAGGGCGGUCAAAGUUCUUUUGUAACCCUUUCGAAAGUGCAUGCUACCCUGUUUCCUGGUGGCAGUUCAAAGGCGAAGCCCUCGCAUUCUGUCGCGGUAGGACCGCUACUAAGCGUAAACGGUCUUCGCAAGACGGAGAAUUCUGCAAAACGUGGCUGUCGCCCUGCCGAGUUUUCCCCGCCCCGUAUCCACUUGCCCUCCUCUGCCUGGUAGGUUUCUGCCGCGACCGUUUGUUUUUGACGGUGGGUAUCCGAGAUUCACUCUAACUGAGGCAAAGUCGACAGGAACUGGCGUGAUGGUCGACGCAGAACCCCCGGGAAGCGGAGCGCGGAGAAACCACGGCUGCAUUUUCUGAAGCGUAGAAAUGGACACGUCUCGGCGCAAGCUGCGUCGGGGCGUCCCGCGCCUUCUGGUCGCGGCGCUGCUGGCCGUUCUGUUUGUGCGCGUUGCCGAGGGUGGGGUGCGUGCCGAGCUGAGUCGUGGGCUAUCGCCCGCUUUUCGGAGCGCCUCAAACGCAAAGAAGAAACAAGAAGCCAGAAACUGGGCAGGAGAGGACUCUGAGACGGUCGCGCACCUCGGUUCCGCGACAGCCGAGAAGGUGCUCAACACGCUCGUAAGAUUCGCCACCCAGGUUGGGAGAGACAUGAAGAACGGCGUUUUGCAGAAGGUGUCCCAGGUCCUCACUUCUAACGCGUACAAGCGGGCGAAGCACUUUGUCGUUCGGACUGACGUCAAGCCCAUGGCCGUGCGAUCUGACUUGUGGUACGCGGGGUACGGCAUGCGCCACUUCUUGCAUGCCUACGCGCAAGUCCCGCCCGCAGAACGCCCGGCCGUCUACAAAUGGAUGUUCGAGACGAACGCGUCGCUCCGGCGCGUCCGCCGCAAGUACCUGCACUUGGGAACCUACCUGGCGCCCGAGGCAACUUUUGAGGCGUUGCAGACACUGAGGAACAUCGUCGUGGAGGUUCAGACUGUGUUGCAGCGAACGGCUUGGAACGACGAGGACGAAGCGCCGCAGCAAUCGAUCGAGCAGAUCCGCAGCCAGAGCCGGCAGGCUGAGCGCGUCUUUGAGGCAGUCUUUGCGUGUUUCGCGCGCGCGCUCUCGACCCUCAGCUUUGUGAUUUCCAAAGAAGACACGAUUCUGCCGGAACUAGGCACCUACGGAAGGCAGAUGGUCCCGCGUCUGAAAAGCCUCUUCACGGCUUCCUGGCGACUCAGCAAGCUGAUACCGCCGCGCGUUCAACUCGAAGUUCAGCGGACACUCGUCGACUACUUGAACGACUUCCAGUUGUUUGACAGGGCUCUCGGCAACUGCGCUCUGCACAUUCUCGCCUCUACAGACGUAGAUAGCUCGUACGACCCUAACGACGACUACUUUGCGGCGCCUGAGAUCUCCCCAAGCGUCCUCCUUAUCGAUGACGACUCGGUGUUUGACACGUCGCUCGGCCUCUACGAAGACGUUCCGGAGGGCACCACAGAUCUUUGAGCAGAAUUUGCUGCUCCGAGGCUCGUGCCGUUGCGGGCAGGCAUACGGCGCGCAGAAGAAAGGUGUCUCGCGCGUCGGGAAAAACAGUCGAAAAGCACAGGUUUCCUUUCACACCCGGAAAAGCUCAUCCCCAUUCUCCCACACGAGACAAAACUACCUGAGCGUCUCUUUAGACCCGGCAGCCAGUCGAGGCCGCUUGAAAACGACGCACACAGGGACAGAGUGUCUCUCUUGAAGACGUGCCGAGUCACGUGAACGUACGUAAAGAAGUGGAGUGAUACAUGCGGAUUUUUGCUGUAGAUCUUGUAAGGUAGUUCGACACCAACAGACACGGUAAACUCUAUGCACUGCCUGUGGGAAAGCCCCCACUCAAGAUGAGUCGCAGGCGUGAAAAAAUAUUUCAUCUGGGGUAGGACAACAAGGAAACAGAGUCAGACAUUUGUCAGUGAAAUUUUCAAUGCUGGCCUCGAUCUAGCGAUACAGCGUCAUCCCGAUUCUUUUGAACUAUGUGAAUCCUCCGUUUCUGGACUGUUUGCACUUUUGAAAACACGUUUUAUGCUGCAACAACCAAGGGUGCGUGCCACACGUCUUCGUAAGGCUUUUUUUUGUACGCGCCACACACCUGAGGGACUCAGGAAUUAGCGCGUUCAGAAGGUAUGCCACAUUGAACGUCGCAGACGAAAGAACGUGAUGCGCGCCGAU